AUCUUCCUUGAUUUAUAAUAAGUGGAAAAACAAAAAAAAGGCCGACGGAGAAAAAGCUCAAAACCCUAAUCUGAGCCAACCUCCUCCAAAGCCCAUUACACGCGUUUUAUUCUUCCCGCCGUUGCUGCCUCUCCCUCCCUCUCUCUCUCUGCGCGAUAAUGGAUCCAAAUCCUCCAGAGGUCGUUGACACCAGCGUCUCAUCAGAUUCACAACAACCCGCCGCCAGGAGGAGGAAGAGGAAGUCUUUGGUGUGGGAUCACUUCACCACCGAGGCCACUAGCUCCGACACCACCAAAGCCUUGUGCAAGCACUGCAACAAGUCGUACGCUUACAUAAACGGCGCCAAAGCUUCGGGGACUAGCCACCUUAAGCGCCACAUUGAGUUGGGUAUAUGUUCCAAGUGCCCUAAGACCAGUCUCACCCCUCAGGGAAAGGAGGACGAGACCACCGCUUCUUCUUGUCCUCCUCCUCCCAAGAAAGGGUCUUAUGCCCCUUUGGAUCAAGAUCACUGUAACCGUGAGAUGGCGAAGAUGAUUAUUAUGCAUGAUUACCCUCUUCAUAUGGUUGAGCAUUGUGGUUUCGCUGGUUUUUUAAAGGCGCUUCGUCCUCAGUAUAGUAUGGCGAGCUUUGAUGCUAUUCAUGGGGGUUGUGUUAGCAUGUUCUUGUCUCAAAAGGAGAAGCUUUUGGAGUUUAUUGGAGAGAUUCCUGGGGGAGUUAAUCUUACUGUAGAUGUGUGGUCGUCGAGGCAGUCAGUGGGUUAUGCCUUUGUGACAGGACACUUUGUUGAUAAAGACUGGAACUUGAGUAGCCGUCUGUUAAAUGUUGCUGUUGUGGCUUGUCCUGAUUCGGAUUUCGCGUUGAACCAGCCUGUUGCUAGUUGCUUAUCUGAUUGGAAGCUGGAGGGGAAGAUCUCUAGCCUCACUGUCAGCCAAUCGUUAGUAAGCAAAACGUGCGUUGAGAGUCUGAGAGGCUUCUUGUCGUUCAGGAACCAGCAUGUGUUGAACGGUCAGUUGUUGAUGGGGAAAUGCUACGCUCGCGUCCUGAGCAGUAUGGCACAAGAUGCGCUUGGAGACGAGCAGCUUCGAGCGACUAUAAAGAAAGUCAGAGAUAGCAUCAAGUUUGUUAAGACAAACGACGAUUGUGGAGACAAGUUUGAUGAGCUGAAGAGACUUUUCCCGACCGAUGUUCCGUACAAAGAUCUUCUCUUCGACAACCAGACGAGAUGGGACACGAGUUACAACAUGCUGGUGGGGGCCUGUGAGCAUAAGCAAGUGUUUUCUUGUUUGGAAACAUGCUAUCCUGAUUACAAAAUAUCGAUAUCUCCUGAAGAGUGGAGAAAGGUUGAGAGCCUCUGCUCGUGCUUGAAGAUUCUUUUCGAAGCGGGUAGCGUCUUGGCUAGGCCAAACCGUUUGACAGCAAAUGAAUUGUACGAUGAGAUGACAAAGCUUCAGCUGGAGCUGAGCCACGCAGCCAUGGGUGACGACGUGGAUGCCAGGAACACUGUGAACGCGUUGAGGGAGAAAUUCGACUUGUACUGGAGAGGUUGCUUCCUGGUUUUGGCGGUUGCUGUGGUCAUGGAUCCUCGGUUCAAGAUGAAACACAUUAAGGACACGUUUACUAAUGCGUAUGGUGAAGAUGCAGAAGACUGGAUCAAGAGCGUCAGUGAUGCUGUCCAUGAUCUGUUCCUAAACUACAGUGGACACAACCUGCUGGAUGAGUAUGUGGAAAUAGAGGUGGCUGAAGAACCUGACUUCCAACAAGACAUGCCUCAAGAUGCCAACACAGGGGAUGUACAAUCAGUAGAUGAGACAAGUCCACAAGUAGAGCAAACCAUAGAGUCACGUCCAAUAGCAGAGGAAGAAGAGCACGCCUCAAUUACAGUAGAGCAAACUAGUGUGUGUAAGGUAGAGAAGCAGAAUGUGGAAGGGGUAUGUGAAGUAGUGAGUGAAGAGCACCAGCAACUUGGUGAUGAAUCUGAAGACCACACGUUGUUUAUGGGUGACGAGCUUCUAGAGGAAGGAUCUACUCUCGUCACGAUUGGAGACUUUGAUAUUGACAUGUCAGAUAUGAAAACGGAGAUGGAUCAAUACCUAGAUGAUACUUUGGUUCUGAUGUCUGAUUCCUUCGACGUUCUGGGCUGGUGGAAGCUCAACAGCAUCAACUACCCUAUACUCUCUAAGAUAGCUGUUGAUCUUCUCUCCGUCCCUUUCAGCACCGUCUCACCUGACUCCGUAUUCGACACAGAAGUGAAGCAGAUGGACAGUUAUAAGGCUUCUCUUCCUCGUGUAACCUUGGAAGCUCUCUUGUGCACCAAGGACUGGCUCAAAAACCAAACACACUGAAAAAAUCUUUGAGGUUGUAACUCGGUUUUUCUUUCUUUUUUUUUAGAUUUGUUUUGAAAUUAGUUAUAACUGAAACCAUCUUGUAAGUGGAAGCAAAUAUAUCAGUAUUUGCCUUUUGAUUGCAUAUUGGAUUUGAUUCGGUCUCA